UUGAAUCUCGUAUUUAUGGCAGGGAAACAGAUAAAGCUGCCAUACUUGCCAUGCUGCUCAAGGAUGAUCCAAGUGAUGAUGAAGUCUGCGUGAUCCCUAUCGUCGGCAUGGGAGGUAUAGGCAAAACUACUCUUGCUCAACUUGCGUUUAAUGACGAUAAAGUGAAGGAUCAUUUUGAUUUGCGAGCUUGGGUCUGUGUUUCCGAUGAUUUUGAUGUUUUGAGGGUGACCAAAACUAUUCUGCAAUCACUUUCUCCACAUACACGUUAUGCCAACAAUCUUAAUUUGCUUCAGAUUGAGCUCAGGGAGAAACUUUACCGGAAGAAAUUUCUUCUUAUCUUGGACGACGUUUGGAAUGAGAAUUUUGAUGAAUGGGAUAUUUUGUGCAUGCCGAUGAGAGCCGGAGCGUCAGGUAGUAAGCUUAUUGUCACAACCCGUAAUAAAGGGGUUGUAUCUGUUACCGGAACUUGUUCAGCUUAUCCCCUUCAGGAGUUAUCAUAUGAUGAUUGUCUAUCUUUAUUCACCCGACAAGCAUUAGGGGCAAGAAACUUUGAUGCUUAUCCACACCUGAAAGAAGUGGGAGAGGAGAUAGUCAGAAGGUGCAAAGGCUUGCCUUUGGCAGCAAAGGCGCUUGGUGGCAUGUUGCGCAAUCAACUAAAUCGCAGAGCAUGGGAAGAUAUAUUAACAAGCAAGAUAUGGGAUCUCCCGGAGGAGAAAAGUCAUAUUCUUCCGGCUCUCAAGCUAAGCUACCAUCAUCUUCCUUCUCAUUUGAAGAGGUGUUUUGCUUAUUGCUCGAUAUUUCCAAAAGACUAUGAAUUCGACAAAGAUGAAUUAAUCCUAUUAUGGAUGGCAGAAGGUUUUCUGCAACAAACAAAGGGAGAGAACCAGCCUGAGAAGUUAGGUUGUGAGUACUUUGAUGAUUUAUUCUCAAGGUCAUUUUUUCAACAGUCAACUCAAAAUUCAUCCCAAUUUUUGAUGCAUGAUCUUAUUAACGAUUUAGCACAAUCUAUUGCCGGAGACAUAUGCUUUAAUUUGGAUGAUGAGUUAGAGAAUAAUAAGCAAUCCACGGCUGUUUCAGAGAUGAUGAGAAAAUUCGAAGCGUUUCAUAAGGCUAAGUGUCUGCGGACGUUAGUUGCUUUGCCACUGGCUACAUUUUCUACAUAUUUCAUUUCAAGUUACCCGAUUCAGUGGGUCAUCUUGAUAAUUUGCAAACACUGAUAUUACGCAAUUGCUAUAGACUUGUUGAGUUGCCUAUGGGAAUUGGAGGCCUCAUCAACCUUCGACAUGUUGAUAUUUCUGGUGCAGUUCAACUACAGGAGAUGCCCCCUCAAAUGGGAAACUUAACCAAUUUGCAAACAUUAUCUGACCUUAUUGUGGGCAAAGGUAGCAGGUCGGGUAUCAAAGAAUUAAAGAAUUUGUUGGGUCUCCAAGGAAAGCUUUCCAUUUCAGGGUUGCAUAAUGUGGUAGAUAUUCAAGAUGCAAGGAGUGUUAAUUUACAGAAGAAGCAGAACAUCAAAGAGUUAACACUGAAAUGGAGCAGUGAUUUUGGUGAAUCAAGAAAUAAAAUGAAUGAGACGCUUGUUUUAGAGUGGCUACAACCUCAUAGAAAUUUGGAAAAGCUCACCAUUGCAUUCUAUGGUGGACCAAACUUUCCAAGUUGGAUAAAGAAUCCCUCAUUCCCUUUAAUGACACACUUGGUUCUCAAGAAUUGCAAGAUAUGCACAUCGUUACCGGCUCUCGGCCAAUUGUCCUUACUAAAAAA